AUGGCGAUUUUUGUAACCACUCAACUCAUCUCAAUUUUCUCUCUAAUUUUUCUACACCUUACUUCCUUUUCUCCUUACCUCGCUCUCUCUAUCAACCCUAACAACCUCUUACUCUUUCCCUCAAUAACCGAUCGUAAUCUCUCUCGUCCCGCCAUGAUUCUCCCUCUCCAUCUCACUUCACCCGAUUCUUCAAUCUCGCCAGUCAAUCCUCGCCGUCAACUCCAGAGAUCCGAAUCACAACACCACCCUAACGCUCGCAUGAGACUCUACGACGAUCUCCUUAUCAACGGGUACUAUACCACGCGGCUCUGGAUCGGUACUCCUCCGCAGAGAUUUGCUCUUAUUGUUGAUACCGGAAGUACUGUUACUUAUGUUCCUUGUUCUACUUGCGAACACUGUGGUAGGCACCAGGAUGCGAAUUUCCAGCCUGAUUUGUCGACAACUUAUGAUCCUAUAAAAUGCACACCGGAUUGCAACUGUGAUGGUGAUAAGAAUCAGUGCAUGUAUGAGAGACAGUAUGCUGAAAUGAGCAGUAGCAGUGGACUCCUUGGUGAGGAUGUUGUGUCCUUUGGAAAUCUGAGCGAACUUCCUCCACAACGUGCUGUCUUUGGCUGUGAAAACGAUGAGACUGGUGAUCUCUAUAGUCAGCGCGCUGAUGGUAUCAUGGGUUUGGGUCGCGGAGAUCUGAGUAUCAUGGAUCAAUUGGUUGAUAAAAAGGUAAUAAGCAAUUCAUUCUCACUAUGCUAUGGUGGAAUGGAUGUUGGUGGAGGUGCUAUGAUUCUUGGUGGAAUAUCUCCCCCAUCAGAUAUGGUCUUUACACAUUCAGAUUCUGGUAGAAGUCCAUAUUACAAUAUCAAUUUGAAGGAGAUACAUGUUGCGGGGAAGCAAUUGCGGUUAAACCCAAAGGUUUUUGAUGGGAAGCAUGGAACUGUCUUGGAUAGCGGCACCACUUAUGCAUACCUACCAGAUGUUGCAUUUCUUGCUUUUAAACGUGCUAUUAUGAGGGAACGUAACUCUUUGAAGCAAAUUAGUGGUCCAGAUCCAAAUUAUAAAGAUAUAUGUUUUUCUGGUGCUGGAAUAAAUGUCUCUCAACUCUCUAAAAGUUUUCCAGUGGUUGACAUGGUAUUUGAAAAUGGUCACAAGUUAUCACUGUCUCCUGAAAAUUACUUGUUUCGGCAUUCAAAAGUUCGUGGUGCAUAUUGUCUGGGGGUUUUCUCAAAUGGAAGGGAUCCAACUACUCUUUUAGGAGGUAUCUUUGUCCGUAACACUCUUGUAAUGUAUGAUCGUGAGAAUUCUAAAGUUGGUUUCUGGAAAACAAAUUGUUCUGAGUUAUGGGAAAGAUUACACAUCUCUGAUGCCCCAUCACCAGCGCCUUCAAAUUCAGAAAUAACGAACAUAACCAAAGCAUUUGAACCUUCAGUUGCUCCAUCUCCAUCUCCAUCUCCAUCUCUAUCUCCAUCGCCAUCGCAGAAUAAUAUUGAUCAAGGUGAACUCCAAAUUGCUCAAAUAACAAUUUCCAUUUUAUUUAACAUAAGCUCCGCUGAUAUGAAGCCUCACAUUACGGAGUUGGCUGGACUCAUAGCUCAUGAGUUAGAUGUUAAUACAUCGCAGGUUAACUUAAUGGAUCUUUCUUCACUUGGAAAUGGGUCCCUCUCUAGAUGGGCCAUAACCCCAAGGCCAUAUGCAGAUUUCUUUUCUAACACCACUGCAAUGAGUAUGGUGUCCCGUCUUUCUGAACAUCGCAUGCAACUCCCAGACACAUUCGGAAGUUAUAAGUUGCUUGAUUGGAAUGCAGAGCCUUCAUCAAAACGGACUUGGUGGCAGAAAUAUUAUUGGGUCGUGGCUUUAAUGGGUUUAGUUACAUUGCUUCUUGGAGUAUCUGCCUUGGGAAUAUUCUUAAUUUGGAAAAACAGACAGCAAGCAGAGCAUUCAUACAAACCAGUAGAUGUAGCUGUUUCAGAGCAGGAACUUCAACCAUUAUGA